AAAAUGAACAUUAAGACCAUCUACCUGGCCAUCCGCGUUGUCAAGAACACCCUUUCGGACACUCGGUCCAAGGUCCGGAUGGCAAUUCUACGAAUCAUUGGCCAGCUGGUCCUGUCAGGCUUCCAGGAAAAGAUCAAAGGCUGGGGACUGAAAUACGUUUCUGUACAGCUCACCUUAUCUACCUACAAGCUGACCAACCGCCGGGAAUGCUUUUAUCAGAAGGACUUGGAAGAGAAGAUGGUCCACAAAGUCACCAUGGAUACCGUGAAGAUCAUAACUUCGUCUAUCAGUGGCAUGACCAACGAGUUCUGGGUGAGGCUGCUGUGUUACAUCAUGGAGACCGAUUACACAGAGGCCCUGACCCCCAUCUGUAUCAGUCUCACGAACCUGGCAGAGAACCAGAUUCAUGGCAAAGACACGGAGGCUGGAAUGGCUGGAAAGAGCAAGCAUGUGGACCUGCCUGCACCCCAGAAGCUCCUGGCUCGUCUCCUGGUGCUGAUGUCAUCACCCUACAAAGGAGAAGGUCGUGGCAUCGCCAUGCUCAACCUCCUGAGGACCCUAAGCCAGAGCAUUGCCCCCUCCAUGGCUGACAUGUGGGAGCAGGAGAUCCCGCUGCUGGUCCAGUACCUGGAAGAACACACUGAGUUCACCUGGAACCAGAAGGCCUGGGAGGAUAAGCUAAUUCAGUUUCUGAGAAACUCCCUCAAGAAGACCCGUGGGACCAGCUGGAGCCUACGCCUCAGCAAAGAGUUGAACAACCAGCUCGAGACCUUCGACAGCCCCUCUUUGGAAAAGGGUUUUCUGUACAGGGCCUUGGGCUUCACCUUAGGCAUGGGCCUGGAGGCUGACAGGGUGGAGGUGCUGUUGCUGGAGCUGCUAUACAAGACAGACUAUAGCAACGACUUCGACCGGGAGGGUGUCAUCCUGUGCUUUGGCCUGUGUGCCCGGGGCCAGGUGAAGACAGUGUUGAAUGUGCUUCACGACUUCGAAGAGAGGAUCCAGGAGUCAGAGCAAUCCUGGCAGAUUGGUGCCUGGAGGAAGGACCACCCAUGGAGGAGAGAGACUGUGAAUAGUGCCCUUAUGGUGAUGUACAGCUGUGUGUCCUCUUACUGCCACCCCCAAAUGCUCCUUACCCACGUGGACAGCCCCAUCACUGCCAAGAUCAUCCACCACUACUCCAGCAGCUGCCAGGACAUCAGCCUCAAAAUGGCCUUCAUGAAGAGUGUUGUGCAGGUCACCAAGGCCAUCAAAAGCAUCCAGGACCUGGAGGACUUCCAGUUUACCCACAAGUCUGCUCUUACUAGCCUGAUUGUUGCGAUCAUCAAAGCAGAACCUCCUGAGCACUUGGCUUCUCCAGUGAGGUCAAUGGCCAUGGAUGCCCUCUCACAGCUGAGCACCCUGAAGCCUUUCUACUCUUCAGAGGAGAGCAUGGAGCUGAUGGAUAUCAGCAUACAUGCUAUUAUUUCUCUCCAACCCCCAGGGGAAGACAACGAGUCUAUUAAGACCCUGUAUGCAAAUGCCCUGAGUUCCCUGAAGCAGCUGAUGGAAGGCCUCCUGCAGAGGCAGCUGGACCCCAAGGGACUGCAAGAGACCGUGCACCUCCUGGAGAAGUGGAUCUUGUCAGAGAAAGAAUGGGAGCGGGAGAAAGCCAUGACCCUCCAUCUCCAUCUCAUGCAGAUCUACGUUCAAAGUAUCGGUGUCUGUAUCCCCCUGAAGCUGGGGCAGUUUGGCUUACUAGUUGGGCUCAUCGCUCCAUGCACCUGUGAUGUCCACAGGCGAACCCGCCUGGCCUCAACUGAUAUCCUGUCCAGCCUGCUAGAUCUUCACGUGAGCCAGACUUGCUCCUUGUGGGGAGCCACCAAGGAGCAGGAGCUGGAGAAAUGUAAGGAGGACCUGCAGGACACAGACAUGGACAAGAUUUCCAGUGCCUCCUCCAAAAUUGCCAAGGUGGUCUGCCCGGAGUUCAACUGCGAUGAAGUUGUGACUCUCAUCCAGAAGCUCUGUGAGAACAUCGGGGCCAUGGACCUGCAGCAUGACCGGGCCGCUGUCACCUGGAUAGGCAUCUUCCUCCAGAUGCGGGUCAAGGAGCUGGAGGACAAGGUGGCCGAGAUACUGGGUGCCAUCCUGGUCCACCUUCCAGUAGUGGACUACCCAGAGGUGAGGCGGCACCUCAUUGAAGGCAUCCUCCUGCUGGCGCACUACCACCAGGAGAUGGUCCUCACGUCGCUCUUGAGGCAGCCGUUGCCCAUGGAGAGCCACCUGACAGAGGUGUGGUUGGCCGUGGCAGAGAACGUGCCUUUCGCAAGGACCAUGCUCCAUGGCUUGCUGGGUCGGCUGCAGUCAAGGUUCACCGCCAGGAUAAACGCCACCUCCAAAACCGACAUCUGGCGCCUGGCAGCUGUGGACCCUCUGAUGACGCUGUGUACCAUACGGCUCCUCAUGGAGAAGAUGGACCAGGACGACAAGUUCCCAGACCUGUUCCCAGACCUGCUGUACACCUUCCUGUUGCAUCUUGGCAGCAGCCAUGGACCAGAGGCUGCCUCACCCAUCCUGAAGACCUGGAGGCUGGUCCACACAGGGUCCCUGCCCCAGGAGAUGACCCUGCAGAGGAUCACCAUCAAAUCCAUGCAGCUCUUGGUCAAGAGACUCAACAGAGAGCCUCUGGAGCAGGCCUUGGAGGAGCAGUCCGUGUGGUCCCUGUUGGAGAACGGAGGCACCUUCCUAGCGGGAGUGAGCCUGAUGGCCAGGCUGUGCAUGCAGAACGCGGAGAGCUACAUGCAGAGGCUGGCAGAGCUGAUGCUCACGGGCAUGGGCUCCGAGGUCCUGAGCUGCUGCGUCAGCAGCACAGCCAUCUGUGUGGAAUUCAUGAGCGACCCAGUUCUGCACCAGGAGAAGCUGCUGAGGCCGGUGGUGCUGACGCUGGAGAAGGGUGCAGGGCAGGACAAAGAUGAAACCUUGCAGGUGCUCUCUCUGCGUGCCCUGGGCAACAUGGCUCUCGGUGCUCCUCGGAAGGUGAAGCAGUAUCGAAAACUCCUGCUAGAGAAGUGCCUGGGCUCCCUGCAGGGACAGGCGAGUUGCAGUGUGAUGGCUGAAGCCAUGGAGGCCCUGACCAAGGUCCUGGCUGAGCUCCGAGAGGGGGACAUAGGAUCUUCGUUUGAAGCCAUCUCUGAACAGUGCAGGGCAUUCUUCGACAGCGAGAGCGAGAUGAUGCGUUUGAAGGCCUUCACCCUCUUCGGGAAGCUGGCGAAGGUGGUUGGGAUUUCCAAGAAGCAUUUCUUCAAAGGGGAGGUGAAGAGAGGCUGGGUCUCCCUCAUGCUGCACUGCCAGGACCCCUGCUCCAGUGUAGCUCAGGCAUGUCUGGCUACCAUGUUUCAGUGUGUGCAUUUCUGGGGCUGGAAGUCCCUGGAGAGUUCCUUUGGUCACAGCAAUGACAGCAUCAAUGACCAGAUGACAGUUUUUCAGACAAACAUGUGCUCCGUACUGGCCCAGAAAAAGCCUGCAAUUCUUUGUGGCUUCCUGGUAGAAACAACAAUCUUCAUGAAGAGCAACUUGUCAAGGAUCAGAAUCUCUGCCUGUGCCUUGGCAGGAAUUAUCAUGAAGCAGCUGUCUGCCCAUUAUCUGAAGAAGAUGGACCUUGUGGGGCUUCGGAAUUCUCUCCAGGACCUACAGCUAGAUUCUGAUGCUGGGGUCAGGAGGGCGGCCUUGGAGACCCUCAAAGUCCUGGACAACUGCAAUCAGCACUGGCUCUUGGCUUCACCCAGAGGACUGCCCUAAGUGGCCCCAAUGUAAGGUGUAAACUCUCGUCAGGGUCAUGUCUGCCAUAGCAAGGCAAAUCAUUUUGUAGAAAAUGAUUUCAUUUGUAGAAAAAAACAACAACAAAAACCAACUUGAUAAAGAAUGUGUACCCA